UGUCAAUUUUGUCAUUGCCACAAAGUAAAAUCAAAGAAAAGCGAAACGAGUGAAUAAUAUUAAGUUUAUACAAAUACCAGAAUUUAAUAUAAAUUUAACAAAAAUAAAGUAUUAUAUUUCAUCAAAAAAAGUAAAACAAAGUGCGAUUGUGCAACGUGUCCACUUGAAAUGAAAAAAGGAGUGUUGAAUAAAAUUCUAAUGAGAAAACAAGUUACGUUUGUGUCUCUGUAAAAGUGAACCUACGCUUUUAUUUUCCAAUUGGUUUUUAACUUCGCCUUUCUAUAAAGUGAAGAAUAGGACAGAACAGAAAUUUCCAAUAAGCAAAAUGAGAAAGUGGCGCACGGAAAUAUUUACAUAGACUCACUUCAUAUAAAUAUUGAUGUAAAUUAAAAUUUUCUGAAUUAAUUGCAACGAAAGGAGUACAAGUUUCUGGAAAUAAAGAAGUAAGCAGUGCUUCAAACUUGAGUGUCACAACACAGAAAUCCUUUACAUAGUUUAUAAUGGCAACAUCACCACGUUCCGUAGACACAAUAUCACUAUGUUCCACCGUUUCCAGUUGCCCGGAUCGCAACGGCUUUUACGGAGGCUUUCAGCGCACAGAGAAACCCAAAGAACCACUCUCCAAGGCACAAAUUAUUGCGAGAGAAAAGAAAUGGUUAUAUAUGAUCGAUAAUUGGUCAUUGUAUAUGUCCAAAAAUUACAAAAAGAUUCGCGAUCGCUGUCGCAAAGGCAUACCAAAAUCAGUUCGUCCACGUGCUUGGUUCUAUCUUUCUGGUGCUUAUUUGUUGAAAAAGAAAAACCCUACAGUCUACAAAGAACUACUUGAACAGCCCGGUAAUCCGCAUGUAAUCGAAGAGAUCAAAAAAGAUAAACAUCGUCAAUUUCCAUUUCAUGAAAUGUUUUUGGACGAAGAUAAAGUUGGACAAAUCGAAUUAUUUAAUGUAUUAAAAGCAUAUUCUAUAUACAAUCCGAAAGUGGGCUUUUGUCAGGCACAAGCGCCCAUUGCUGCCUUCCUGCUAAUGCACCUACCGGCAGAAGAUGCGUUUUGGGUGUUUGUUAGUGUUUGUGAUGUUUACUUAGAAGACUAUUUCAUGACUGGUCUUGAGGUACUGCAAAACGAUGCUGGCAUACUGGAGGGGCUCCUCAAAAAAACCUGUCCCCCCGCAUACCGACAUCUGCAAAAACACAAAGUCGAACCACUACUCUAUAUGACCGAUUGGUUUCUAUGCGCUAUGACAAGAACAUUACCAUGGGAAACACUGUUACGAGUUUGGGAUUGCUUUCUCGCCGAAGGCAUACGUGUCAUCUUUAAAGUAGCACUAGUGAUAAUUGGUGCUUCACUAAAUCAGCACAAAGUUCGCAAACAAUGUAAUGGCCUAUGUGAGACAUUAGAAGUGCUACGUUCACCACCUGAGCAUGUGCUCGAAGAAGAUUUCAUUAUCAAUAAUAUACAAAGGUUAAAUCUGCGUGUCGAAGAUUUUCAAAUCGAACAUACGCGACAAAAAAAUCGACGAGCCAAACAGAAAGCUAUGCAAGAGGCCGCUGCAGCGACGACGGCAUCCACAUCGCACGGCAGUGCUGUGAGUAGCAGUAGUAGUGUUGGUGGCGGUAGUAAUGGCUAUAGGCUGUAAUGUUAGCACAAAGUGCUUAAAGCCGGCAAAAGUGCAAAAUUGUGUAAAUCAUUGAAUGAAGCAUAAAGCCCACAGCCGAGUUAAGGAGUGCGGUGGUCCGACUUUGCACUAAACUAUGUGCAUGUAGGUAGUUGUUAAAGUUUUCCGUCCUUCACUUGGUUGUGGGAAGAUUUUGUCCCUUUUGGUAGCAAUUUUUUAGGGUGCUAAGCAUUCACACACAAAGUUGUUUUUAUUGAUAAUAUUCUAGUAGAUAAGCAACGAUCUUAAAAGGAAAUUGAGUAGAAAACGUAAUACUAAUAUACAUAAUAUAUCGAAACGACUAAACGAGAAAUUGAUAAAUUCUAAAGUGAACGCACAGUAGAGAGAAAAUAAUUGCGAGUUACAGGCAAGUCUAACAAUCGAAAG